UCUAUGUGCAAGCUGUGCUCUGCUGAGUCCAGUGGCCCAUAGUGGCAGCUAGCAGCACUACAGUCCAUUUCUGUGGAGGAAGGACAUUGUGCACACAUGAUAUUAAUUUCUGCAAAACUCUGUAUUACGUAAUGGCGCACAAUUCCCACAGGAGUAAUAUUUCCCCCAACAGUCUCUUUGACCAAUUAAUGACUCAAAUAAAAACCUCUUUUGUUCCAACUUAAUUCUAUUUAGCCAAAAAUACUAAGAAGGGUCACUUUGCUCAAAGCUACCUGUUUCUUUCUUAAUCUUGCCCUCUUCUAGGAAUUCCAUUUUAGCCACACCUCAAUUUUCUUUACCACUGGCAACACCUGUCAGCUUAAUCUGCAUUAUGGUUUCUCUCCCAUGAGGCUCAGUUCUGGAAUAGACCCUGAGUAGCUUUCUCAUCUUAUUUUCCACAGCAGACAAGUUCUCUCUCUGGCAUUCUGCCUUGAGUCAGUCUCCUCCUUAGCAAGAGGCAGACACCACCUUCAUCUGAGAUGAAAGACAAAAGCAUUUUCUUCUUUUGUUAUCCUUGUUAAAAACACUUUGGCUCAAAUGACCUACCCAGUGCAUAUUGUGACAAAGUUCCUCCACUUAUUGGUGGAUUUGCUCGCCUCACAGAUUCACCCUGUGGGUCGGGAAACAGCCCAGAGACCUUCCCCUCUGGUAGAAGCCACAGUCCAGGUCAAUUCCUCCUGUGUUUGAUCAAAAGUUGGGAGGUUUAGGGGGAACCCGGGCCCGCCCUCUACUCCGGGUUCCAGCCCAGGGCCCUGUGGACUGCAGCUGUCUAGAGUGCCUCCUGGUACAGCUGCGCAACAGCUACAACUCCCUGGGCUACUUCCCCCGUCGGACCAUCUGACUGGAUUUGGACCAUGGGCCUUCACUAGAGUCUGUUAGAGGUCUUGCCCUUGUGGCAAAAUGGGGGAGGAAAUGCCGGUAAUACUCCCACCACCCCUAGGAAUGCUCAGACUUGCUUCUUACUACUUGGUAGUAGCCAAUUUUGGAUGGCCUCUAACUUGUUCAUUUGAGGUUUUACCAGAUCUUUUCCUAUCACGUAGCCAAGAUAUUUGGCCUCUGUGAACCCCAUAGCAUGCUUAAUAGGGUUUGCCAUCAGGCCAGCUCGCCUGAAGUUAUCAAGGACCACCUCCACCUUCUUCAAGUGAGUUUCCCAGUCUGGGUACUUCAUCCAAGUAGGCCGCAGCAUAGCUGGCAUGGGGGAGUAGUAAUUUGUCCAUGAGGCGCUGAAAGGCAGCUGGGGCCCCAUGUACUCCAAAAGGAAGGCCCAUAUACUAGAAAAGACCCUCUGGUGUAGAGAACGCCGUCUUCUCCUUUGCAUCUUCGGCUAGGGGAAUCUGCCAGUACCCCUUUGUCAAGUCUAGGGUCAUUAAGUACCGGGCAUUCCCCAGACGGUCCACUAAUUAGUCUAUGCGGGGUAUAGGGUAGGCAUCAAACUGGGAUAUCUCAUUUAGUUGACGGAAGUCAUUGCAGAACCUCAUGAUGCCAUCAGGUUUGGGCACCAACACUAUUGGGCUGGACAACUGACUGAGAUUCUUCAAUGAUCCCCAUCUCCAGCAUUUUCCUGACUUCCGCUUUUAUUUCCUUGCUUUUGGCUGCUGGCACCCAGUAGGGCCUCAUUGUUACUCUGGCCCCAGGGUUCAUGACGAUGUGGCGAUAUGUCCCAGUUCUGCGACCUGGCUUUGUUCAGAAUACAUCUUGAUAUUGGGCGAUCAUCUCAGUUACCUCUUUCUUCUGGGCUGUCGUUAGAUCAGGAGACACCCUCACCUGUUCAGGGUUUUUGUUCCCUGGGUGCAGGUCUUCCCGAAACACUGUGCAUGCCUCUCGGGUUGCCAGGGGUUCAGAAGGUUGACAUGAUAUAUCUGCUCUAGUUUUUGAUGUCCCAGUUGUCGCAUCUUGUAAUUUACUUCCCCUACUGGUUCAACUAUUUUAUAGGGCCCUUGCCACUGGGCCAACAGCUUACUUUUGGCUGUGGGUACCAGUACCAUUACUCAGUCACCAGGCUGAAACUAACGAACCUUGGCUUGAUGGUUGUAGUAGGUUUGCUGGGCCUCUUGGGCCUUCUCUAGGUGCUCCCUCACUAUGGGAGUGAUCCAGGCUAUCUGGUCCCUCAUCUGUAGCACAUGCUCUAUUAUGUUCUUCCCCUCAUUGGGUUCCUCCUCCCAAAUUUCCUUGGCUAUGUCCAGGAUGCCUCGGAGGCUGCGCCCAUAAAACAGCUCAAACGGGGGAAAGUCCAGUUGAAGCCUGAGGUACCUCCCGGAUAGCGAACAUAAGGUAAGGUAGUAGGGUGUCCCAGUCCUUCCCGUCCCAACUUACCACCUUCCGUAUCAUAGCCUUGAGGGUUCAGUUAAACCUGUCUACCAAUCCAUCAGUCUGCCGAUGAUAGACUGAAGUUCUCAAGAUAUGUAUAUGGAGCAGCGUACAGAGGUUCUUCCUUAGCUUCGACAUAAAUGGGGUUCCUUGGUCUGUUAAUAUUUCCUUUGGUAGCUACAUUCAGGCACAGAUCCCCACCAGCUCUUUUGCUAUUGUUUUAAAGGCUGUGUUCUGCAGGGGGGCAGCUUCUGGGUAGCGAGUAGCAUAGUCCAAAACAAGAAGUAUAAAUUGGUGGCCCCGAACUGUUUUCUCCAUGGUCCCACUAGGUCCAUGGCUAUUUGCUUGAAGGGGACCUCUAUGAUGGGAAGGGGUACUAAAGGUGCACUCAAGUGGGGACGGGGACUCUGCAGCUGACACUCUGGGCAGGACGCACAGUACCUCCGCACUUCUUCAUGUACUCCAAGCCAGAAGAGCCGUCGUAGGACUCGUGCCAGGGUCUUCUCUACCCCCAAGUGCCCCCCAAACAGAUGACUAUGGGCAAGACUUAAUACAGCGUUCUGGUGUUUUUGAGGUACUAGGCUCUGCUGUACCUUCUGUCCCUGUACUGGUGCAACCCGGUAUAAGCGAUCCUUCUUCAUUAUGAAGUAGGGUCCUGGCCCCUGGGUCUUCCCUUCCACAGGGACCCCAUCUAUUUUGGUCACCUCCUUGUUAUCAUGUGGCUGGUCCCGUCCAAAAUUUCCUCUCCCAGGGCUAAUCUGUCCAAGAUCUAGGGGCCCAGUCUCUGUUGCCUCUACUGAUUCAGAGGCGUUAGGGUGGGGGUCAGACUCGGGUGCUUCUCCCUCCUGGGUGGCCUUCUUUUCAGCUGCUCAGGUCUGCCUACCUACGAGAGCGACUCUCUGGCCUCACCUGACUCUUAGCAGGUUAAUUGAAGUCAGGUGUUCUCAUUAGCCUGGAGCAGCCCCUGCUCUGGUCACUCAGGGGAACAGAAAACUGCUUAUCCAGUGGCCAGUAUAUCUCCCUUCUACUACUCUGCUGUUCCCAGCUGGCCUCGGUCUAUCACAAUAUUUAAAGAGGACAUACUUCCUUUUCCUGGUCCUGUUUUUACACAUACCCCUUUUCCAUUCUGCUUGGCAGAAAUGACCUCUGCUCUCCAUCCUCGAGAAUGCAUAGUGACCAAACAAGAGGGGGAGAGUUAUGGAUUCUACCUGCGCAUUGAGAAAAACAAAUUGGGUCACCUCAUCCGGAAUGUGGAGGAGGGCAGUCCAGCUGAUAGGGCCGGCCUGAAUGAUGGAGACAGAAUCCUGAGGGUCAAUGGGUUAUUUGUGGAUAAGGAAGAGCAUGCACAGGUAGUGGAGCUGGUCAAAAGGAGUGGGAAUUCUGUAACUGUCCUCAUUCUGGAUGAGGCAUCCUAUGAAAAGGCAGAGAAAGAAGGGGUGAACUUUGAAGAGUUGGGUCAGAAGCAGACAACCCAGCAGCAAAAGGAGCAGCCGCCAGUGACAAAUGGAGUGACAACUCCAGUUCCACAGCCUCGGCUCUGCUACCUUGUGAAGGAGAGAAAGAGUUAUGACUUCUCCUUGAAAACCACAGUUGGUCAGAAGGGUGUCUUCAUCGUAGGCUUGUCCCCACAAGGAGUGGCUGCAAAAGCAGGAGUCCAACAUAAUGACCGCCUGAUCGAAGUGAAUGGGAAGAAUGUGGAAAACGACAAACAUGAGGAAGUCGUUGAAAAGGUGAAGAAGUCUGGGAACCAUGUUGUGUUUCUGCUAUCAGAUAAUGAAACUGACCAGUAUUACAGCAACCACCAGAUGAUGCUGAAAAGAGAGACAGCCAGCCUGAAAUUGCUUCCCCACAAACCCCGACUUGUGGAGCUCGAGAAAGGAGACAAUGGCUAUGGGUUUUUCCUGAGGGCGGAACAAAAUGGUAACGGUCAUUUAAUUAAGGACAUUGAUUCUGGUAGCCCAGCAGCGAAGGCGGGUCUAAAGGACAAUGAUAUCCUGGUGGCUGUAAAUGGGGAGUCAGUGGAGGCACUGGAUCAUGACACCGUGGUGGAGAAGAUUAAGAGGUGUGGGGAAAAGACCACGUUGCUGGUGGUGGAUAAGCAGACAGACACCAUGUAUAAACUGGCUCAAGUUUCCCCAUGUUUGUACUACCAGGAAAGACAAGUUUCUUUUCCAGCUGAAGCAGAGGAAGAGCCGACCUCACAUGCUGAGCAGGUGAAUCACAAGCCCAAAAUUUGCAGGCUGGUGAAGGGUCCUAAUGGAUUCGGCUUCCGUUUGAAUGCAACCAAGAAUAUGCCCAUGCAGUUCAUCAAAGAGAUACUGAAAGGUGGGCCAGCUGAUGCAGCAGGACUGGAAGAGGACGACAUUUUGGUGGAAGUGAAUGGCGUGAACGUACUGAACGAAACCUAUGAUAAGGUUGUAGCAAAAAUCAGUGACAGUGGUGACAGAUUGACACUACUGGUGUGUAAAAAAGCAACCUAUGAAUACUUUACGUCUCAGAAUAUUCCUAUUACUGCCUCUCUGGCAGAUCAGCUAUAUGACACUAAUGAUCCUCCUGCUUAUACAGAGAACCCACCAGCAGAGCCAGAGAGGACCUCGCCAGAACCAAGAGAAAGGGCCAGCUCCUCCUCCUCCUCUUCACUCUCAAUCGCCUCAGCAGAAGAGGAGGAUGACACACAGUUAUGAUGAGAUAGACCACAACAGAAAUCAAUCAGACAUCUUCCAAGGUUUAAAGAAAGUUCUCUUCCUUCAAGCAGUCUUUGUUCUUUUACCUCCCAGAACCACACUGUGCUAUGGAACUUCAUACUUGUGAGGACUGGAACAGUAACUUUCUUCUAACUAACUUUUCCUGAAGGGGAACAAUUCCACUACUCCCAAAAAUAACCACUCACCUACCUAACGCUGCUAAUCGUAGUUCAUUGGUCUUCUGCCCGGUGAAGUGGAUAGUUACUUCUACUAUUGUUCUAUAAAAGCGUAAAUGACUAAUCAGGAACAUCUGUCAUCUUGUGGGGGAGGAAAUGUGAUUCACAAAUCAAUAAGCACAAGAAAGCUCCUUAAUACAGAAAUUGCUCUCUCGCAUCCGCCACAAGAGACUUUUUUCCUCCUAAGCACUGUGGCUAUUACAUGCUAUAUUUACUGUAACAUAAUCAGUUUAACCCAGUAGAUGUAAUAUAUCACGAUAAGCUAAUGUAUUCUGUGAAGAACACUUCUUUUCACUUGCUAACAAGCUGUAGUAUUGUCCUUUCAAAACAAUAGGCUAACUUAAUAGUUCACUGUUCAGAAGCUACAAGCACCAAUCCCUCCACCCCACUCUCCUAGCUGCAGAUCAUGGCAAUUUGAACAGUGUCUGUAAUUCAGUGUAAACAGCUUUGUUUGCUUACAUGCCAACACCUUGUCUCUAAUGCAAUAUGAAUCAGCUCUGUAGUACCGAUAGUGGAUGCUAUACCUCCUUGGUGCAAGCUUGAGACAAAGCAUAAAUAAAUCA